UAAACAGUCGCUCAAUGGUAGCAAUAUGUAUGUUAUGAUUUUAUGUUUUUGGAUUGUAAUGCUUCUGGUAACGUUAGCUAGCAACCCACUGCAGGGUAAAGUGAUUAGCAGGCUCGCUUGAUAAAAUGGCUAACCUAGCCAGGGAGGUUAUACCUAGCUUUGCUAUUUUUAAUCUUUGCCCAGCAAACGUUAGAGGCACCGGUGUGUAGGGACAUGUAAAAUUGACCAACCAGCGAUUUGGAUCAGCUUUUUGUAAGUUACCUAGCUAGUAACACUAGCUAGGAAAUUAAGCACUCCCUGUGGAUUCGACUAAGUUAGCUAUAGGCCAGGUAGACCGUUAGCUAUCUAGGAUAUGAAGCUGUACCGACUGCUAAUUGACAAGCAGGUAAACAUCCUUGUUUGCCAAACGUAUACCUAGUUGGCUAGUUAAAGAUAAUGUCACACUCUGUUUUGCAACUUGCUCCAUUUUUUGGCCUAUUUUCACAUACUCACCUGGUUGCUAAAUUAACGUUCGUUAACGUUGACAGAUUAGUUUCUGACAUAUUGAGUACGUGACAUUGUAAUAAACUACCCAUAUAGCUAGCAAGUGUUGGGUAGCUAACGUCACUUACUCCUCUCAUCGGUUAGGUAAGACGCUAACCUAGAUAUUGACAAAGCUCGCGUUAAUGCAGAUAGCUACAGUUUGCAAGCGAUUAGCAUCAAUUUAAAUAUAAACUAAACAAGGGAGUAAUAACAUACGACCCACGAAUUAAAACGUGAUCAGCAUCAGACUAUCUCUUUAAUUGGAUUAGCUGGUUACUAGGGGUUUGGUGUUGGCGAAGUAGUAGCAGUAGGCUUAUCUUCAGUUUAGCUAGCGGCUAGCUAGCUUACAAGCUAAGUUAGCCGGUGAUGCCAUUUUGUUUUCCCCUAAAGGUAAUUACACUAACCUAAAAAACAGCUCUCAAGUCCAUCUCAACUUUAGCUAGAUGAAAUGGAAGGUUUCAAGGUUGUAGCGAAGAAGCUAGCUAGUUAGCGGAUUUAAUUUUUAAGACAUCUUCUGAGCAAAACGUCGUGCAGGUUAUUUGUAAUAAUAUCUGUAAUAUUACUUCAGAACGACGUAAACAUAGCAUACGACAAAAAGUGAUGUCCCAUGAUAACGUAAUUAGCUAGCUAGCUUACCAGCGAACUUAGCUUGCUAGCAAUCAGAUGCCCAUCGAACGUGACUGACGUUAGCGAGAUGUCCACAAUUGUAUCAUCAGCUGGUCGUGAAACGUCCUGUGAUUGACGAUUAUGGAGGGUUCGGACAAUGCAGAACAAGGUGGCAGUGAUCAGUCUGAUUCCCAACGGAGACGUCAGCUGGCCCGACUCGACAGGGAGGAGGCCUUCUAUCAGUUUGUCAACAACCUCAGCGAAGAGGACUACCGAUUAAUGAGAGACAAUAACCUUCUGGGCAACCCCGGUGAGAUCACGGAGGAGGAGCUGCUGACUCGCCUGCAGCAGGUGAAGGAUGGCGGGCCGCGCCCAGACACAGGCGCCAGCACCAGUCCUAGCCCCAAUGCCAACGCCAAUGCCAACACAAGCGGCAGUGGUGGGAGCAGUGAAGCACGCAGACCAGAGGCAACUGCAGACCCUGAGAACCCGGAGGACCCCUCUAACAGCGACACCCUCCUGGACUGGCUCAACACCGUGCGUCGCACCGGCAACACAACCCGCAGUGGUCACCGCGGCAACCAGUCCUGGCGGGCGGUGAGCCGCACCAACCCGAGCAGCGGGGACUUCCGCUUCAGCCUGGAGAUCAACAUCAACCGCAACCUAGCGGAGCAGCAGACGCAGACGGAGGCAGCGGAGCAGGCUGCAGGAGGCGCGCCACCAGAGGGGACCAGUGCCGCUGCAACAGAGGCUCAGCCUGAUGCCCCUCCUGUUACCCAGCCUGUUGCCCCUACUGUUGCCCCUACUGUUGCCCCGCCUCUUGUCCCUACUGUUGCCCCUCCUGAGGCUCAGCCUGAUGCCCCUCCUAUUGCCCAGCCUGUUGCCCCCACUGUUGCCCCCACUGUUGCCCCUCCUGUUGCCCCUCCUGAGGCUCAGCCUGAUGCCCCUUCUGUUUCCCAGCCUGAUGCCCCUCCACUUGCCCCUCCUGAGGCUCAGCCUAAUGCCCCUCCUGAACCCAUGGAGGUCGAGGAGGAGCCUGUGGUCGAGGAGCUAGCAGUCAUCGUCGAGCCGGAACUUUCGCCCCCUGUGACUCGGCCUGCUAGCCCCCAGCCCCUCCAGGUGACAGUGCCAAUCCCCCUCACCAUCCCCACUCCGCCCUUGCAGGCAGCAGCAGUGGCGGCGGUGAUGGUGGCAGAGCCCCCCCAGACCCGUCGGGGUGUGGUGCGCCCCCGCAGCCGUAGCCCCGAGCAACGCCGCACCCGCGCUUGCACAGCCCGCAGCCGCUCCCCGCUCAGCCUGGACCGCAUGGACGGCCUGCCCCCUGCCCCGACCAUCCCAGAGCCCCCUCUGCCUCCUCCUCCUCCACCCCACAUGGAGGGCAGCUCACGCACCCGCCAGCACAUCCCCUCCCGCCAUGUCACAGUGGAGACGACAGACCACCAGGCUUCCCCAGCCUCUACCCAUGCCCCCGAUGCCCCUCCAGCUCCUGCCCAGGAGGAGGAGCUGCCUGGUGGGGAGGCAGGCGCCGGCCGCAGGCCCCCCACUAUCAUGCUAGACCUGCAGGUGCGUCGGGUCCGGCCUGGCGAGUACCGCCAGAGGGACAGUAUUGCUAACCGCACCCGCUCGCGGUCCCAGCCCGCUAGCAACAGUGGCAGCGGCAGCAGCAGUGGAACAGGAAGUGGAAGCGGGACGGGUGCUGGCGGCGCUCCCGGCAACAACACCUUCCUGUAUGAGACGGAGCAGGGCGGCUUCAGACGAACAUUCUCCCGGUCGGAGCGGGCCGGCGUGCGCACCUACGUCAGCACCAUCCGUAUCCCCAUCCGACGCAUCUCCGACGCGGGACUCGGGGAGGCCACCUCCGUGGCCCUGCAGUCGAUGAUCCGGCACAUCAUGACAGGCUUUGGCGAGCUGAGCUACUUCAUGGACUCCGACUCGGACUCGUCCGACUCACCCCGGGCCAGCGGGCCCACUGCGCCCGCUGAUGGCGAUGCCCCAUCUGCCACUAGUGCUGCUUCAGCUGUCGCUGCCGCCGCUGCUGCCUCUCAGGCUCACGUAGCGGGCUCAGUCGGUGCCCCGCAGGCUGACGAGAGGGACAGGGAGGGGGACGAAACGGAUUCCCCGGCGGCGGGCGCCGCCACGGAGGGCCGCGGGCGUGCCAGGGCCCCCAUCAGCCUGGAGGAGACGGGUUCGCUGCCCUUCCUGCGACUGGCCCAUUUCUUCCUGCUCAACGACGAGGAUGAGGAGCAGCCGCGCGGCCUCACCAAGGAGCAGAUCGACAACCUGUCCACGCGCAACUUCGGCGAGAGCGACGCGCUCAAGACGUGCAGCGUUUGCAUCACCGAGUACGCGCAGGGCCACAAGCUGCGCAAGCUGCCGUGCUCGCACGAGUAUCACGUGCACUGCAUCGACCGCUGGCUCUCGGAGAACUCCACCUGCCCCAUCUGCCGGCGUGCAGUGCUUGCCACCACCAACCGCGAGAGUGUGGUUUGAAUGACCCUCCGAUCCCUGACACCCACCCACCCACGCUCUCUCCUUCCUAUCUGUCUCAGACUGACACCCCAGGCCCCCCUCCCCCCUUUUUUUUCUUCUCUAAACUCACUCUCUCCUGCUGCUUCCCUGAGUCUGGGAAAUGUUUGCUACCCAGAGGGCCGGUCUUUAUGAUUUAAAGCAAUCAGUAUGCUUACUCAUCUUCAGCAGGGUAGGUACAUCAGUGGGUGACAGAGGGAGUACUGAGCUGAUGCUACUGUCCAGACCUUAGAUUCUCAUUAGGUGUCUGUCUUUCAGUGGACGAGGUGUGUGCAGGGAGGUUGGAGUAGGACACCAAGAGGAUGGUGAAAAUGGAAUUCCUCAAAAAAGGACCACAUGUGCACACAUGCUCUGGUUUAAGGACUCAGACGGUUGAGCUCAAUUAUUGAAGCACCCUACCCCUCUACAAGCAGUCGGUUACAAGGUGCUGAAAACAUUCUCCCAGAGAGACAGAGACUUGGUGUGUUAAAAGGAAAUAUGUGUGUGUGUGUGUGUGUGUGUGCGCGUGUGUGUGCGUGAGUGUAUGUGUGUUUCUUGAUUUUUAAGUUAAAUAUCAUUGGAGGGAAAGCAAGCCCAGUUACUUAUGUGACACAAUAGUCUAAGAUUUCAGUGUGCAGUCACAGUACUAACCUAUGGGUAAUGUCGCUUCCCUCCCAAGUCAACUGUAAUUUGAGAGUGCAAAGGUGUUGUAUUCACACUUGAGACCAAAUGCAAUCUAAUAUACCCCUUAAAUCCAUCAUCACUGAGCAGCAUCUCUGUUAUUUUAAAAAUGAUCGAUUAGGUGGCAUUAAGCCAAAAAGGCUUUCUGCACAUGGGGGCAUUUUUAAGUCAUUCCAUCAAAAAUUAGUUUUGAAACGCUGUAACCUAUUAUGAAUAUUUUGUUGCCACCAACAAAAGAAAUGUGAGAACUGAAUUAAUAAACAAGUGUUCAAGUACUUAAUCCAUUUACCAUCAAACACAUCAAACAUUACAGGCCCGAAAAUGACCUUGAAGGGACAUUGCUGACAUUUGACCUUUUGCCAUUUGAUCUCCACAACCUCAGGAGUGUGGCAGCACUCAAAACAUGCCAGUUUCUUUCCCCUCUUAACUCUGUAACUCUUUUGCAUUUGCUCCCGAGUCUGAUGCAACUGCACUCGAGUGGAUUGAGAGAUGCUACAGCUUCACGUAACCCGAGCUGUACUGGUGCAAUAUUUACAAACAGAAUAACGGGGAGGGAUGACUGUUACAACAAGAUGGGCGUGGGGUGGGUAUACUAGACCUUUUUUUUCUGUCUCUGAAUGAUUGUUAGACUGUGAAUAUUCACACGUAAAUAAAGAAGUUACUCAGAUUUUCAACCUCCCCAGACCUCACUGUUUUCGGAAGCGUCUGUACUAGCUUAUUGAAAAUUGUGCAUGGGUUCUCACUCUGGGGUUAAGACUGUUUGGACAGGACGUGGAAACCAGGCUACAUUCAUUUGAGCCUUUUUUUUUUUUCUUACUUGUUCUCACUGAGUUACAUAUGCAGAAAACACUCAUUCAUCAGUCGGUCGUGCUUUGCUGCGUUGUCGGUUCGCUAAAAGUCUGUUAUUGGUUAACACGUCACAGUAUGGUGAACUUCACCACUCCAGGUGUAUUUGGCAGGUAUUACUUCUUGGGUAUUAAGGGUGGUGUUCAGUGGCAGUCAUUCAUCCAACUCAUUACACAGAGGGGUCAGAAAGGGCUUAGCAGUCACAGAUCUUUUUUUUUUUUUUUUUUCUGGCGGGUGGGGUGGUUGGUGUAUAUCUGUGAGCUCCUGAGGUGACUGCAUGAGGCAUGGUCAGGCUAUUUUCCCCCAAUGAAAUGUUGCUCCCUCUCAGGUGUCAGAGUUGAUUAGUUGCCGUAACUUUGACACUUAAAUCAAUGUGAAUUGUGUAUUAAAUAAAAGGCAUUCAUUUGCAUGUUUUCUCCUGAACAUUAAUCAUAUUUUAAAUGAAUUGGCCAUUUAGACUAAUAAAAGUAUUUUAAGGUGGUCCAUUGCCUGGUGCAUGUAGGCCAUGAAAAACAGAA